AGAAACCCUAGUGCUCAUUUCACCACGGGGGCUCUUCCCCAUGCUCCGGUCGAGCCCUUCCGCCAUUCUGGGGGGGAGCAGAGACCGUCAGUUCCGGGAAGAAUCUGUGAACAAGGAUCUACACAUCGUCGUGUCGAAGGUCCGGGUCGGCAGCAGCGAGGACGAGGUCUGUAGGAAUCUGAUCGAUGAUGGGGCUUGUGAAAGUGUGGAGCUUUCCCAUGGCCUCGUAGAGAAGCUGCUCCACCGGUUUCGGGAUGACUGGAAAUCGGCAUUGGGUGUGUUACGAAAUGCACGGCCAAGGGUGCCCCCCAAACAUCGUCACUUACUCGACGGUCAUGAAUUAUCUCACCAAGGCGGAGAGGUAUCUUCCCUACACCCUCAAUUACUCAGAUGAGAAGGGGAAGUUUGAUGAGUUGACCGAAGACAAAGGUGUGAAGAUAUUGAUCGAUCCAAAGGCUCUGAUGCACGUGAUUGGAACCAAGAUGGAUUUUGUCGAUGACAAGCUCAGGUCCGAGUUCAUCUUUAUCAAUCCAAAUUCUAAAGGGCAAUGUGGUUGUGGAGAGUCCUUUAUGACAACAAAUCGUUCGGGGGCAGCUAAGCGAGGUGGCAGUUGAGAUAAAUAGUUUGUACAAAUAUUUUUGAUGUAUACGCAAUGAAGGAGAAUUCAUAUCCAAUAGAAAUUAGAGAAUGAUCUUAGCUAACCAGUGCUUGUUAUCCCAAAGUUGGUUUCUUAUGACAUGUACUCACUCUUUUGAAUAAUAGAAGAAUUUUAUUGGGAUGCAACUCUUGUAUAUUCUCACAACUCUUUACAUGUUCGUUGUGAUUGUAUAAAGCUUAACUGAAUGCACCUA